UCACGAAUUUCAUUUGUGUAACAUCCACGAUGAUGAAAACACGCUUUUGUUUUCUGUUUGUUCUCUUUGUGCUUGGAAAUUCUGCUAAAGUUUACAGAAGAAAACCAUUUCUAUCAGCACUCUUGCCCCAGGACUGCCAAGAUAUUUUAUGGUCAGGAACAAGAGACAAUGGUGUAUACACUAUCUACCCGAGAGGCACUGGAGGAUUCAGCGUGUACUGUGAUAUGAAGACAGCUGGGGGCGGCUGGACGGUUUUCCAGAAACGCAAAGAUGGACGGGUGAAUUUCAACCGGAAUUGGGUAGAUUACAAGUAUGGUUUCGGAAACAUUGGUGGCGAAUAUUGGUUAGGUAAUCGACGAAUUCAUCAGCUCACGUCACAGGGCUGGUACAUGUUACGGGUGGAUAUGUCAGACUUUGCAGGAAAGACUAGAUAUGCGGAGUAUCGGGUGUUUUCUGUCGGAAACCAGAGCAGCAGAUUCAAAAUCACGGUGGACGAGUAUAGAGGAAAUGCUGGGAACGCAAUGGCGGUUGUGAAUGGAGAGCCCUUUGUUACAAAAGACAAAGAUAGGAGUAAUUGUUCUCAGAGAUUCAAAGGAGGAUUUUGGUACAAAGCUUGUCACCACGCUAACCCUAAUGGCCUGUACCUAAAAGGAGGCCAUGCAUCUUUUGCGGAUGGCGUGAAUUGGUACCACUGGCAUGGUUACCAUUACUCCCUGAAAACCAUGGAGAUGAAAAUCAGAAGACUUUAGAUAACUCAUUCCGUUGCAGAGGAGGACUGUUGAAAACCAUUUCUUAUUUGAAUAAAACGAGAAAAAAGA